CAAGUAGGACUAUGAAGGCGUUGUAUGUAGUAGUGAUCAUACGGAAGCACGUCCUCCAAUAAGCAAUUGGUAGCGUUCAUGGCGCAAGUGGAAACGUGUUUCUUACGACUGCGACAAACGGUAUCCUGAUUUUCUGGAAACAGGUAUCAAAACAUACUUUAUUAGAUGCGGCUACUUGUAGAGCUUGCGGUGUUACAUUCGCGUCCGUAAGCAGUCGUCGCGCAAUCCAGCCUUACGUGUUCAGACGACCAGAAAAAUGCAAUUGUGCCAUAAGCGCCAAACCGUGGCGCUCAAGCAGCUUCGACCUUGCGGCCGUGCUUCGCGCAUAGUCAGUAUCCGCUCGGUCGCUGUGUCCAGCUCUCAGACACCCAACCCCGAAGCACCAUCCCAUGUUAUUUCUUCCUUGCUCGUCAGUCAGCGAAUUGCCGCGGCGCGCGCAGCCGAAAGUCGGCGAAGUCGCAAAGUGGACAAACUGGAUGGCGGAGAGGACACGGCGUUGUUUAUUGACCCGUAUGCGGGGCUCCUGGCAAAUUGGCCGGCAUGUCACCAGCAGGGGCCCCAACCUCUACCUCCACCUCGAUCUCACGAGCAGCAGCAACAACAGCAGCAGCAGGAAGAUCCCGGACGGCAGCAGCAGCCGCAGCAGCCCCAGCAGCGGCCCCAACGUGAGGCGGCCCAGGAUGUGAUCGCCACGGCGCACAUCGACACGCUGCUGCUGCGGGCCGCGGGACUAGCUGGUGUGAACCGCAUCACGCAGGGGGCCUACCGCCAGGUGGUGCUGCUGGGCGAUGCUCUGGACUCCCGCCCCUUCCGACUGCCCUGGCCGCCAGGCACUGCGAUCUUCCUGGUGGCCCCCGCGGAGGCGCAUGCGGCGGCGGAGGCGGCGAUGACGUCAGCGGAGGCGGCAGCCAUUGCUGCCGCCACGGCGGCGGAGGCGGCGGCGGCGGUGACUGGACAGCUGCCGUCGUCGGGCACGGCGAGUGCGGUGGUGGAUGCGGCGGCGGCGGAGGCGGCGGCAACAGGAGAGACGGGGAUGCAAGGAAGCGUGGGGGCAGGAGGUCGAGGUGGAGGCACAGGGAGGAGGGGAGCCAGGGGGCCGCGUCCGCCGCCUGGCUGCCUGCUGCGUCGAGUGGUGUGGGACUUCAAGGACGGCUCCAGUCGCUCCGGCAGUGCUGGCGCUGACGGCAGUAACAGCAGCGACGGCGCCGCUACCCUCGACACCUCCUCCCCCUCCCCCUCCUCCGCCCCCUCCCUGGCCUCCCGUCUCGCCGCUGCUGGCUUCCGCGCCGACCGACUGAGCGUGUGGGGCCUGCAGGGGCUCUGCGGGCUGGGGCUGCGACAGCAGGAGCUGGUGCAGCUGCUGGCAGAGGUGUCCCAUUGCGCCGCCUACCACUCGCUGCUCGUAGGGGAGCUGCCGGGGGGGGAGGAGGAGGGGCGGAGGGAGCAGCUGGGGAGAGAAGAAGGAGGAGCAGGAGGAGGAGGAGACCUAAUGCAGGGGCAGCAGCAUGAGGAGGAGCAGCGCGGGCGGCAGGUGGUGGCGAAUGCGUUGGCGGAGUGCGGGCUGCUGGGGUCGGUGUUGGCCUUCGGCACCCCGGACACCAGCUACGGUCGCUGGCAACCCGAGUGGGACUCGUCUGCUGGCGUUGAGGCGGAGGAGCAUGAGGAGGAGGCGGAGGAGGGAGAGGGGAAGGAGGGAAAGGAACAGGACAGCAGUGGGCCUGGAGCCAGGGCUGGACAACAACAGCAGCAGUCACGGCGGCAAGAGCGGCCAGUACGACACCAAGUACGACACCAAGGCGGCGAGAGUCGGUGGUUGUUCGCGGCUCAGCAGUUGCGGCUGAGUUUGGCGCAGAUGGAGACCUACUCGGCGCAUUCGGAGGCGGCAGCGGGGACGGAUGAGGACUUCUUCGAUAAUUUCAGUUAAAAGUAACACUUUCACACCCAUCAAUCGCAAACUUCAGUCAUUGUCAUCGGGAAGUCAGGAAAGAGUAUGAAGUGCACAGCAUUAAGUACGGCCGGCAGCAGCCGAAAAGGCAGCCGCAGGAGUGAGAGAGGGAGUGACGGAGUGGAUUACUUUUGCGGGGCGGGGCUCUUGAGUGCUACCGGUGCACCCAGGUAAGGGAUAAGAGCGCGAGAGGGAUGAGAGGAUAAACCUGUGGCGGCGGUGUAGGUGCCUCAAUACGUGUCCCGGCUUGUUGCAAGACAGGUCCUUCCUGGGUUCGCAUGAUGCGUUGGAGAGGGCCGCGCUGGUGCUGGCAGGCGAGGCAUGCGGGUGACGGUCGGGUGGGCUGUUGCGGCAUGGAGGGUGGAGGAAAGAAUUGGAAGGAGCGAUGGCGAGUGAAGGGCGGAGGCUUAAAACCUGAGAUUGAGGUUGCGGUCUACACGAUUGCAGCAUUUGCCACCUUGGCAGGGGCGUGUGUUCGAGAUGCGCAUGGCUGGGACAGAUGUAAGCACUUCGGACGGCGGUGGCGGCCCGGUUAAGAGAUCCUGCAGUGGGCCCUUGGGACAGGUGUACGACAAACGAUAACAGGCAGCACGGGGGUGCUGAAGAUGCCGGCAAAGCAUUUGUGGAUAACGUUAAAUGAGGCCGUAUCGCAAAGUGGUCCGUCAGGCUUCGCAAGGCAAGGCGUCUUGAGGCAGGUUCGGUAAGAAGUGAGCGGCAGGCAUGCCGGGUGGGUGGGUUCUCACCCGCGCGAUAGCUCUUGCCCCAUCCCCGAAUUCCCUUUAGUAUUUGAUGCCGUUGAAGCAUGUUCCCUAG